CCUGGGGGAAGGAGCUCAGGGCUGACAGGGGUUGGGCUGCACGCCACCAGCCGGGGCGGGGCUCAGGUCGGCCUGGGGGGGCCCGGGUUCCCGCCCCCCACAUCCGGGGGCCGGGCCGGCGCUGGGCUCGCUGCGCGCGAGUGAGUCAGACCGGGUUUUCCCUCUGCCUCUGGGGCCAGCGGCGAGUGUCGCGGAGCGCGUCCCUUCCUCGCCAAUCCGGCUCCGGCGCCCGGCCUCCCGCCCGCCCGCGUUUUCUAGGCUCCUGGUGCUUGGGAAGGAGGAAGGUUCAAGUACGGUCGGAUCUUGGGGACUUCAGCACGACUGGAGGAGCCGCUCCUGGGGCCGGCGAUCGCCGUGCCAGCAUGAAGCACCUGCCUGUGCCCUGUUGAACCUUCAUGGCCACAGCCUCGGGCCCUGCUAGCAUUGCCAUGGGCAGCGUGGGCAGCCUGUUGGAACGGCAGGACUUCUCACCAGAAGAGCUUCGGGCUGCACUCGCUGGGUCCAGGGGUUCCCGACAACCCGAUGGGCUCCUCCGGAAGGGUUUGGGCCAGCGUGAACUCCUCAGCUACCUGCACUUCCCCAAAAAGGAUGGCAAGACCACCAAGCGGACACCUCGCAACGAGCCUGACUAUGCCACCCUCUACUACCGGGAGCAUCCUCGGGCUGGUGACUUCAGCAAGACUUCUCUGCCUGAGCGUGGUCGCUUUGACAAGUGCCGAAUUCGUCCAUCAGUGUUCAAGCCUGCUGCGGUGGGCAAUGGGAAAGGCUUCCUGUCCAUGCAGAGCCUGGCCGCUCACAAGGGCCAGAAGUUAUGGCGUAGCAAUGGCAGCUUGCACACGCUGGCCUGCCACCCACCCCUGAGUCCUGGGCCUCGGGCCAGUGAGGCCCGUGCACAGCUGCUGCAUGCUCUCAGCCUGGAUGAAGGUGGCCCUGAGCCCAGUCUGUCGGACUCCUCUAGUGGGGGUAGCUUUGGCCGCAGUCCAGGCACUGGCCCCAGCCCCUUCAGUUCCUCCUUGGGCCAUAUUAACCACCUUGGGGGCUCCCUGGACCGUGCAUCAAGGAGCCCCAAAGAGCCUGGACCACUGGCUGUACUGAGCUGCCUGCCUGAGCCACCUCCCCCCUAUGAGUUCUCCUGCCCUGCUGAGGAGGUGGUGGCCGUGUUGCCUGAGACCUGUGAGGAGCUCAAGAGGGACCUUGGUGACCAGGAUGUUGCUAACCCCUUCACUCAGGUGCUAGAGGAGCGCCAGCGGCUGUGGUUGUCUGAGCUGAAGCGCCUGUACGUGGAACGGCUGCACGAGGUGGCUCAGAAAGCCGAGCGCAGCGAGCGCAACCUCCAGCUGCAGCUGUUUAUGGCCCAGCAAGAGCAGCGGCGCCUGCGCAAAGAGCUGCGGGCCCAGCAAGGCCUGACCCCAGAGCCUCGGACUCCUGGUCCCCCGCUGGAAUCAGACCCCAGUGCCCGGCCAGAGGAGGAGGCCCGAUGGGAGGUGUGCCAGAAGACAGCCGAGAUUAGUCUAUUGAAGCAGCAGCUUCGAGAAGCUCAGGCCGAGCUGGCGCAGAAACUGGCCGAGAUCUUCAGUCUGAAGACACAACUUCGGGGCAGUCGUGCACAAGCCCAGGCUCAGGAUGCUGAGCUGGCCCGGCUGCGGGAGGCUGUGCGCAACCUGCAAGAGCAGGCACCUCGGGAGGAAGCCCCCGGCAGCUGUGAGACGGAUGACUGCAAGAGCAGGGGACUGCUGGGGGAGGCAGGUGGCAGCGAAGGCCGAGAUGGGGCCGAGCAGCUGCGGGCAGAGCUGCUGCAAGAGCGGCUCCGUGGCCAGGAGCAGGCGCUGCGCUUCGAGCAGGAGCGGCGGACUUGGCAGGAGGAGAAGGAGAGGGUGCUGCGCUACCAGCGGGAGAUUCAGGGGGGUUACAUGGACAUGUACCGCCGCAACCAGGCGCUAGAACAGGAGCUGAGGGUGCUGCGGGAGCCCCCUACGCCCUGGAGUCCUCGGCUGGAGUCCUCCAAGAUCUGAGGCCAGCCGAGGGUGCUGCUUGCAGACGCACUAUCAGAAGAUGCCCGGAUUCGGCUGGCUCCUGCCUUGCAGUGGUCUGGGGCAGAAUCUGUAGAGGCCGUUGUAGGAAUGGGAGGUCCGCUUAGAGGAGGGAUCCAGCCAGCAGUGGGCUAGAUAGAGUACCAGCUCCAGGAGCCAUGGUUCAAAACCUUGCUGGCAGAAGAGCAUCCAGGCAGGGCCCAGUCCUGCUCCCUACAGUGGGUGUGGUCCAGUAAAGGAGGUUGGAGCAUUCAGAGCCCCAUGAUGCAAGAGAGCAGGUGUGAGGGAGGGUGGCUGCAGAUCUGGGCUGGUCCAUGUAAGGAGCCUAGGAUGGAAGCAUUAGCCUCCUCCAGAAUAAAACCACAUUUUCUAUGAGGAGGCCCCAGUUGAUAACAUUGUCCCUGGCCUGAAUCCAGAGGUUCCUAGAUGGUCAGUGUUCUGGGCCUUGGACCUAGGCAGUAGCUCCUUCCAUGGGCACGUUCAUAGGGAGAGUAUUUCCUGUGUUAUCUGCAGUUGCUGGGCAUGUGUGUUGGAGAAAGGAGGAAUACUACUCCCUGCCCCUUCCCGUACCACACAGUUCUUCGUGUGGGCUGCAGCCCCUUCAGCACCAGUGGAUUUUUGAGAAGAAACAAUACAGGAACACCAGGAAAACAAAAGGAUAAUUGAAGCACAGCAUUUUGAGAACAGGAAAUGUUCUUUGGGUGGGAAGUCUGGACCCUGGGUGCCCAGGAUGCUGCUGUGUUUGGAGCCAGCCCAAGACAGCUUUCCCUGGAACAUAUAAAACUCCCAAGUACCCACCUCCCUCCUCUAGCUGUGGUGUGCCCCUCCCUCUAUAGAGAUGGAGGCUGAAGGCAGGUACAGAAGCUCCUGGGGUCAUUUCCCAUGGGCAGUGGAGGCCUGUGGGGUGUUUUAAGCAGGAGUGAGAGAUGAUCUAAUGUGUGUUCUAGAAAGCUUUGGGGAAGGAGUCCCUCAUUCUCCACAAUCAUCCUGUACCCAGCUGCUGAACUGUCAGUCCUCUUUGGCCUCUGCUUCCAGCUAAAGCUGGUCACGGGUCUCUGAAAUCCAAAACCACUCCUAGCCUCAGUAAUGGGGCACAUCCCAUGGGCUUUGCUCCCUCUUGGGUUAGUGACCCGGUGCAGCUGAUGCCUACCUGCGUGCCUCUUUUUGCCAGAAUCUUGCUAUGUAGCCCUGACUAGCUUGGAACUCACUAUGUAGAUCAACCCGGCCUUGACCCAAUCCUGCCUCUGCCUCCCAAGUGCUGGAAUUACAGACGUGCCAU